CACGAGGCGCGAGGGAGAGCGCGGGCCCCAUUGUCUCCCCGGGUAUAUAAGAUGUCUGGGGCCGGUCGUGUGCCAAACUGCCUGCUCGCGCGACUCCACCGCGGCCGGGAUCACUCCCCAGACAAGAGGGGUCGCGUGGCCUCCCGCCUCGACGGGACUCCCGAGAAGGAAGCCGCGGACACGGAGCCCGUGGGUGCCUCUGCGAGAUGUCCUCCUCUGCCCUGGAGACCAGCUCCUCUGACCUGGACAACAGCAGUGAGGUGUCCUUUUGCCUCACAGAUGAUGAAGUCAGCAGCUUCCAGAUCCCUUCUUUGGCUUCUCCCGGGCAUGUCUCUUCCCCAGAGUUCAGCCCAGUCAAAAGGGAAGAAGAGAAAGAACGGAAGAGGCGAAGAGGCCGCACCAAGGUCAAGAAUGAAGCUGUCCUUCACACCAUCAAGAAGACCAGACGGGUGAAGGCAAACGACAGGGAGAGGAACCGCAUGCAUAACCUCAAUUCAGCCUUGGAUGAGCUCAGGAGUGUCCUGCCCACCUUUCCUGAUGACACCAAGCUGACCAAGAUUGAAACCCUGCGCUUUGCUCACAAUUACAUCUGGGCCCUCUCAGAGACACUGCGGUUGGCUGAUCAGCGCCUCCAGAAACCACCCAAGGACAUGGUUCUGCCCAGCUUCUUGAGCUCUGCGGACCAUCCUCCCAGCCCUGGCAGCGAUGCCGGCUCCUGGAUCUCCACAUCCUCUCCAGGCACUUCUUCUUCCCUGUCUGCCUGCACCUCCAGCCCUAGCAGCCCAGCAUCCUCUGAAGACUAUUGUUACAGACACACUGAGAACCUCUUCUCCUUCCACAGCCUCCCUAAAGACUUGUUGCAGAACACUUCCUGCUUUAUGCAGUACCACUAGGCUGUGAAGGCAGUUUGUACAUUGAAAGGAAAAUCCCUAAUGAUCAGUGCUCUUAUUCUUGUUAGAUUGUUCUAGUUGAGUUUUACAACCAGAGUAACUUUCUGGGCUACAGUUUCCAGAAUCCCCCUUGUUGAUGGAGGGAUUCUAGGAGCUGUAGCCAAAACGAUACUCUUCCAAGCUCUUCAUUUUAGGUAUUCACACAAAGCAAAGGAGCUGUGCUUUGGUUUUUAGAUCAAAGCUCCUUUGAGUUGUCACAAACGGGUUUGGUUAAAACAGAUAAAAUAAUAACCUGGACUUUAAUAUAGUCUUUUUGAACAAAUAAUCAAUUGAUGAUUGUGCCAGCAGGAACCAUUUAUGUUAUCUCCCCAUAUCCCAACCCCAUUUGCUUACUAAGAAUUUGCUUUUUUCCUCUUCCUCCACCCACUCUUUUUUGUUUCGAUUUUUUGGCACUUUGUUUCUUUCCUUUCCAUUGACCUGAGCUCUUAGGCAUCAAUAUGAUUUUGAAAAGGGAAGAAUAGGGACAGAUUUGCUGCUACAGACAAGGUGAAAAGUCAAUUUUACAAUUUGUAGAACUCUAAUGAAGAAAAAUGAGCAUGACAAUUUGGUUUGAAUGCCCUGACAAUACAUUCAAAAGGCUUAGGGAGGGCUGAUUCGGCUGGGUGCGCAGGGUCUCCUGUUAGGGACUUAGCAGACCAAAUUCUCAAUAAAUUCAAAUGGCUCUGGAUGGAGCUUUGCUUCUCCCUGACAGGGCUCUGAAUCUGACAUGAUCAGUCCCUAAACAGGGCAGACAAGGAACUAGGUUCAUGCAUUAUGGAUCAUGACCUCCUUUGCUUCUGUCUUGUUUUCGAGUAGGACUAGAUGUGAGGCAUUCAAUGUCUGUGUCUGAUGCUAGUUUAAUUUAUUCCAGGACGUUCAUUCAUAUGAAAGCUGUAUUUUUGUACAUAAAGAGAUUUAUUCUUAUUAUUAUGUGUGCAUUAUCUUAAAAUGAGAUGCUGUUCUUUUCAUGUGGAAAAUGAUGUAAAUAAAUAUUUUUAAUAUUUGUAAA